GUUUGGAUGGUGAUCCCUAUCUUUGGUACAUUGGUUUAACACAACAUUUUGUGGAGUCUCAAGUAUAGUUAAGAAAUUGGAUAUUGGGAACAUCAAGUUGCAUAACAUCAUGUCUGUUCUAACAAAAUUCCGAUGCAUCACACUUGAUGUCACUGGCACACUGAUAGCUUACAAGGGAGAACUAGGCGACUACUAUUGCAUGGCAGCGAAAGCCGUUGGACUUCCGUGUCCUGACUAUAAAAGAGUGCAUGAGGGCUUUAAACAUGGAUAUACUGAUACGGCUAGAAAACAUCCCUGUUUCGGGUUUGCAGAAAAGAUGCCUAACAUUCUCUGGUGGAAGACUUGUGUUCGAGAUUCAUUUGUGAAGGCAGGAUAUGAUUAUGAUGAGGAGACAUUUGAAAAGAUCUUUAAACGCAUAUAUGCAACCUUUGGUUCUGCUGCACCUUACACUAAAUUCCCGGAUUCUCAACCAUUCCUUAGGUGGCCUCGUUCUACUGGUGUUACAGUUGGGCUUGUUAGCAAUGCUGAAUAUCGGUAUCGGGACGUAAUCCUUCCAGCCCUAGGCUUGAAUCAGGGAUCUGAGUGGGAUUUUGGAGUAUUCUCUGGCCUAGAAGGUGUAGAAAAACCAGACCCAAAGAUAUAUAAAAUUGCAUUGGAGAGAGCUGGAAAUGUUGCUCCAGAAGAAGUUCUUCACAUAGGAGACAGCAUCAGGAAAGAUAUUAUUCCUGCAAGGAGUGUGGGGAUGAAUACGAUAUUGCUCGACCGGUUCAAGACAUCUGAUGCUGAAAAUUGGAGGAAAUCUGGAGAGACUGUGCUACCCGACCUUAACGCAUGCAGUAA